GUUUUCGCCUACUGGCGUCGCGAGCAUCGCCGAUCGAGCGCUUCCCCCGUCUCGCCCUCCUUACAGCCCACCUCCAAAGCACCGGUCACUAGCAACCCUCCUCAACUACCGGGACUGUCUAGCACAAGGCCGAAUAAUCUCACUGCGCUUGGGGCAUCUUCUGUGGAGAGCUCAAGUCCGCAGGUCCCGAACAAUCCCCAUGAGGACUACUAUGAUGCAACGAAAAAAACCAUCGCCGUAUCCGUCGCCCCGGCCAAUGCGCCAGGCUCCUCUUCAGCAAACCUCGCAAUUCCCUCCUCUUCCUCCGACAGCCACACCCGACCUCUUUCAAUCUCCGACGAGCAAGAUGUUACAACCACCACUUCGCAGUCGAACUACUCCCAAUCGUCCAUUGCCCCGCCGCGUUCAGAUCAGAGCGACGGCGAUUCUCCGAAGCCAAGCUCCCCGUUUCGACUGUCCUUGGGCAAAUCCCUCCUGAACUCCCAUAAUCUCACUUCCGAUCAUUAUAACAAACGCUCAUCGACUCCGGGGUUGUCAUCUUCCGGUCAUUUCCGAUUUAGAACUUCUCCCGAUAUCUCCCCGGGCGACCGGAUGGCUUCGUCACACAAGGACAAGGACAAGGAAUACAAGUAUGAAGGUGCGGGCAAUCGCCGUUCCGCAGACCGGGACGGUUCGUCGGAACAGGCACAUCAUAAGUCAGGGAGGACUCGGCUUCACUUGCUGAACCCUAUGUCUCUAUUGGCCAGAAGGCGUUCUUCCAACCUGGCUAGUCUGCGGACAGAAGACACUAGAGUCGGUGCUCGCAAUAUAGUUCCGGCUAUACCGGACGAUUAUGAUCCUAGAAUUCGCGGCAAUAUUGUUCACGACUUCUCUGCUCCUCGUCCGCGUCGGAACCUGUCAACGGCGCCUAUUCUUAUGCAUGACGUGAAUAACCAAUCGAGCUCGGCAGAUGUGGCCUACAAUGCAACUGGGAACUUUGCGCACGGCAAUGACCAGAGUGCCCAGUCAGGCGAGCAACGGAAGAGACACACACAGUACUCCCCUGUUUUCAGAGAACACUUCGAGGACGAUCAGAAGGUGUUGCAAGUCGAGAGCAAGGCAUAUCUGCAGUCAUCAUUACUGACAGCGCAAGCCAAUGCUGAAAAUGAUCCACAUACGCUUCCCGUAUUUGCACGAAAGUUGCCGUCAAAGAUACCGGAGCAAGAAGUGUCGCCUGAGGUGCCAAGCGACCAGAAGACCCAGAAGCAAGACAGCCAACAUAGCCCACAUAACAAUUCUAGAGAAUCAGCACAAGAAGAUACCGAUACGAUCGAGGUCAUACCACAUCAGCCAUCCGGCUUGCCUAAACACCUGAAAAGCAAUGCCUCCAGAUUUAGUUUCGAUAUGAACGGCGUCGAAUCCUCCGCCCAGGAGAAACUGUUAGAAGAGAAACAUAAGGAGAAGGAGGCUGCAAGAAGAGCCAAGGCACGCAUGGAAGGCACAAGUUUCAGUGACGGUGAAGACGAUUUCGACGAAGAUCUGCUCGAUGAUAUGGAUGAUCUGGAAGAGAAGAUACCCGGUGUUAAUGUUGAUGCUGACGAGGAUGAUGACUUUUCUGGCUUUUCCGGGCCGGGCAAUGCACUCAACAAGCCUUGGCUUGCUCCUGAACUCUCACCAAUCAUUGCUAGUCCGCUUCCAACUGGAAGCACGAAUUCCCAGAAUGUACAAGAACCGGCCCAGGGGCCGUUGGCAGGCAUCUCUGCUCCUUUACCCGUAUCUGAUCCCGCUGUCUCUGAUGUCACGACCAAUUUCCAGGCUUUAUCAGUGGCAACAAAUGCUCCCAAUAAUGGACCACAGGUUGCUAUGGGUUCACAUCCUCCGGCUCCGCAGCCAAUAGAAGAUGACGACGACCUCUACUUUGAUGACGGCGAGUUUGGUGAUCUGUCCACAGAGGACAUGGGCGAGAAAUUUGACGAGUCCAUUUUCGACGAUGAGACGAGUCACCUGUACGAGCGGAAGCCAGUGGUGCAGCAACCUGUUCCUGCACCUGCGCCGCCCGACAACGGGACCGAGAGCACUAAUCCACUGGAUGUUACCGCGGAACACGACGAGUUUACACCAGAGCCAGACUACGAUGGCGGACUUAGGCAUGUUCCUAGCAUGGCAAGCGAUUAUCGAAAGGGGUCGAUUAGAGUCUACGGACAAACGCGUGAGAGCUUGACUGAUCUGGGGUCAGCAAAGGCUCAUGGUGGGGUGCUUUCCGAGCACAACCUCGAAGCUUUCCACAAUGCAUUGGCCAAAGCCGCCAGUGAAGCGGCUGCAAGUGACAGGUUCGGGCGCGAGGCCAGCAUCAGCGAGCGGUCGUUGGGCCAAGAAAGCAUCGCGCAGACCAUGGACACACCUUCAGGCCUCAUUUCCGACGACAGUCGCUUGAGCCAGACGGUGGAUAUGGCUGCAUUUGAAGAAGUCUUCGAAGACUUCAGCUACGAUGACAACGAUGAUGCACUUUUUGACGACCCCAUCAUUGCAGCAGCGAACGCGGAAGCCCUGGAAAACGACGAUGAGGGAUUUUAUGGUCAAGAGUUCGGGUUCUACGCACAAGCACAUGGUGGCUGCAACGGUGAGCUCACCAACGGUGGCUACUUUGGUCCACGAGGGGUCGAGGGCGUCAAUCGUAGCUUCAGUAGUCGGGGCAAAUUUCGAGAGCCAAGCUUGACCCCUAUCACGGAACGCAGUGAAUGGAGCACGCGGAACUCGGUCAUCUCGUUGACAGCUCAUGGUGCUGCUCACUCCAACCCUAUCGCAAGCCCAGGCUUGGCUCAGCUGGUCGACCUUGGCGCUAUGGAUGACGAGAUGUCUCUAAGCGCUUUAAUGAAGCUCCGACGUGGUGCCUGGGGUGGAAGCAACGGCAGUCUACGCAGCAGUAGUGGCAGUCCCCCACUUCUACACUCGACGUCGAACCGAGCGAGCUUCAUCUCCGAUGCCAGCCCCACGGUAUAUACAGCGCCUCCCGAUGCGUUUGGCGGGAGUGCGACUGAGUCUCCCAUCCGGGAAUCGGACAAGUUCAGGUGGUCGCUGAACAAUACGGAGCAACGUGUGGGACAGUCAGCAGCGGGCGAGAGAGAGCCUUAGAGCUGCAAUCAUUCGAAUCGACUGGUCCUUCAUCGGUCAUACGCACCAAAGGUGGCCGGGAGUCAGUCAGAAGGGCGCACGCGUGUGACCAGCCCGGCUGCAGAUCCCGGCAACAGGUUCGUCGGGCCAAUCGGUAAAAGGAUGAGAGUAUAUAUAUAACGCAUAUUGGUAUUUUUAUUGGUUUGCUUACCCACAGG